AUGCCGAUCUUUUGCGCCGCCGAAUUUAUCUCUGGUCUGCAUGGAAGCAUCUUGGCUGUCGUAGAGGCCAUGUCACUCGCAACGAAGUCGGUAGUUAUCACGACGAUCGGCUCCUGGGUUGUCAUGCUGCCAGCCUCGUACCUCCUGGGUAUUAUUGGGACGGCGGGCUGCACGCUGUAUGCUGGAAAAGGGUGUGCGGCGAGGCUGUUACUCUGA